CAGUGGUGUAACGUUUCCUGUUGCCCCCCCCCCCCCCCCCGCUGAAAAAAGCGCCCCCCUGUUGGCGCCCCCUCCCUUUUGGAGCCCCUCCCUAAAAUUGAACAAAUUAGAUGAUUUUAGAGGAUGCAACGGUAAAAUCUCUAAAAAAGUGUGUUUCUAGAGCAAAACGCGCAGUUUUGCUAGUACCGUAGUUAAGUUUUUCCAUGUCACCAUCCGGCAGAGGAGCUUCCUCCCAAAAGAAGAAACCUCUAGCAGACAACAAAGCCCUGCGCAGGAACAGCCCUAGUGCAAUGGCCCAGAAAGCUGUGCUGGGUAAACGCCCAUCAAAGUCACCCCAAGAACAACCAGAGACAUCUGUUCUUAAACCUCCAGGUAAUCUGGUUAUUGAAAAGAUCAGCCCAAACCUGAUAUCAGCUUUAGAAUCAUCGAACCUCAGAGAGAGCCCCAGCAGUCCAAUGAGCCCUCUGUACAAGUCCUUUCCUCCAUUCUCCCGUGCUGAAGAGUCUGCUGAAGAACUUGAAAUCCAGGAUAAACCUACAGUAAAACAACGGGCUUCAAAGAGUGAUUGUCCUUGCCGAUCAACAUCAGAUGGUAAGGAAUGGAAGUUCAAGUGUACCAGAUGUUUUCAGCACUGGCAUGCUUCCUGUUGCAAUCUCAAGGGUGCUAACAACAUUCAGCACGAUACACCUCUUGAAGCUUCUCUGAAUAUGAUUCUCUCAGAAUGGCUAUGUCCAUGGUGUUUCGAUACAUCAUUCCCCAGACCAGGCUCCAGCAUGUCAGCCAAGAUGGACAACAACCUAAAGAGCUCUGUAGACUACAGCCAGAACAUACAGGCUAUAUCAGAUGCUAUUUCUAAUGCUGUUGGUAACAGUAUGCCUACUGUGGAGAUUGUAUCCCUGGAGACAAGACUGAAGAAGCUGAGUCAAGAGAUUCAUGAAUUUCAGCAGUCCAGAAGUCCAUCUGAAGCACCACCUGCUACAGAAAUCCCCCUCCCUAAAUGCACAGAACCUCCAGUGUGUGAUUACCUGGUCGAUGUGCUAAGUGCUGAGAUCCUCAAAGAAGUUACAGAGUUUCUCCUGGAGAGCCAAGCUAGUAAUAAGUUCAUCCCGAAGAAUGGAAGACAGGUCCUCAAGUUUGGGGAAGACUACUCUUAUACUGGUGAUUCAGACCCACCCCUAUCCCCCACAAUCCCAGCACCCCUUGCCUCAGCCAUAGACGCAGUUACAUCAAAGUGCAGACUGACCCAUAAGCCCAACUCCAUCCUAAUAAACUACUACCCUCCCUCAGUUGAUACCACCACUAGUAGCAAGCUCCCUUUUCACUCUGACGAUGAGUCUGAGAUUAUUGCUAACUCAGAAAUUGCUACUAUCAGCAUAGGCGACGUCAGGAAGGUGUGCUUUAAGUGCAUCUAUGAGACCGGAAACGAAGCCUCAACUGAGUAUGUUCAUAGUGUGAGUCCAGAAUCUAACUCAGUGUAUGUGAUGACACGAUCGUCACAAGCCUGGUAUCGUCACGGUAUUGAUGAAACAGGUCCUGCUGAAACUCAGUCUUCUGUGCAGACAGGAAGGUUCUCCAUCACACUGAGAACUGUGAGCAAACAGUUUAGCCGGAGCUGCAUCAUCAUGGGCGACUCUAACACCAAGCCCAUCAAGUUCGGUGUCGGUACUGGAACCCUUGGACAGUCCUUCCCAGGUGAACGUGUUAAAGCCAACAAGGUCAGUGCAAUAGACCCUAAGCUCUGCAUUGGUUAUAGCAACGUCAUCUUAGUUUGUGGGACCAACGAUCUACGAGUUGAAAAUGUGCAGUCACCUGGUGAUAUACACCAGCUGGUAGACAUUCUCCACCUGAAAAUCCAGCAGAUCCAGAAACUGUGCCCUAAGGCGAAGUUGUUUGUCACAGCAGUUUUACCGUCUAGACUCCCUAAGAUGAAUAAAAACAUUAUGGCAUUCAACAGCUUGGUUGAUGAAAUGUUGUACUCUAGCUUUAACCAGACUGUAUGGCACCUUGGUGUUGGCCACUUUUUAGACGGUAAAGGGUUGCUUGCUAUGAAACUCACGAGAAAUGGUGAUGAAAUCCAUCUCGGAGAGCUUGGUAUUGCUAAAUUUGUGAGAUGUCUGAAACAGUGGGUGUAUGUGAGGGAGAGACAGGAGAGAGUAAGACAAAGGAAGGCCACCCGACCAGUGGGAGUUUAUCCCACUUAGUUUAUCAUGAUUAUGAAACUUAUUAAAGAUGUGUGCGACCCCUGUAGUAAAUACAUUAAUAUUGGCCAGCCACUCUUAGAAUGUGAAAAUUGCAGCAAAGUUGUUCAUACUAAGUGCUUCAGAUCCGCGAAAUUUACAAGCAAAAACGGUCUAUGGAUGUGCAGUGAUUGCUGUAGUACAAUAGAAGAUAGGUAUUGCCCAUUUCCAAGCAGCCAAAGGUAUGAUGAUUCAGAUAAAUUCUAUGAUACAAACAACCAGGAAGAUGUCACCAUAGCUAAAUUCUCUUCAAUACUUGAAGACUGUAAGCGUUACACAAAACAAGAACUAGCAAACUCAAUCAGCAAACUUUUUCCUGAGAAAAAUAAAAAUUCUGCUUAUCUGCCCGCUCUGUUUUGCAAUAUAGAUGGGUUUGCUAGUAAUUUUGACAGCUUUUUAAUAGAACAUAAGACCCUCCCGUGUAAUUUUGAUGUCAUUGGAUUGGCUGAGACCAACAUCGAUCCAAGCCAACAAGGCUUAUACCAAAUCCCCUCCUAUACAACAUUUUGUCAAGUACCAUUCCCUGAUAAGAAAAAAGGAACAGGAGUAUCCUUAUAUGUCUCUGAUCGCCUGAAUGCUGUAGUAAUCGAAAAUCUAUCUCACUGUACAAAAGAUAUUGAGUGCUUAUUUGUUGAAAUUACUCUUAGCUCGGGUGAUAAACUGACAUAUGGGGUUGCUUAUCGUCCUCCAAAUGGCUGUAGUGAGACCUUUUGUCAAACUCUUGAGGAUAUAUCUAAGCAGUUGGCUGGUAAAAAGUUCCAUAUUCUUGGCGAUUUUAACUCUAACCUCCUCAAUGUACAAACCUCCAGCCAGCUAUUUGAGGACACGUUACUUCGUAACAAUAUGUAUCCUACUAUAUCACUUGCUACCCACUUCCGUCCUAACUGUAAAAACUCAUGUAUUGACAAUAUCCUCACAUCAGAGAUAGAUCAUGUACUUCUCUCCGGUGUAUUGAAUGAUAGGAUUGGUGACCAUGCCUUUAUAUUCACCUUCACGUCAAUUCCUACCGAAAACAGUACUGAAAAACUUAAACAUGUUCGCUACUAUGAUUAUUCAAGUUCCAAACUCACUAAUUUUGUUAAUGAACUCGAGGUGAAGGUGAAUGACUUGACUCCCUCGGUAAACUUCAAUGAGUUCUUGGACUGCUUCAAUGAAACACUUGAUAAACACUGUAAGCUUGAUGUACCAAAAGUUACCAAAAGGACUCCCAAACUCAACCCGUGGAUUACCGAUGGAAUCAUUGUCUCAGUUGAAAGAAAACAUGAACUCUGUAGAGACUGGUCAAGCACUGUAACAAAUAGAAACCCUGAGGGUAAUGUACUGCUCUAUAAAGUCUUCAGUGACUACCGAAGAAUGCUUAAAAGUAUUAUCAAGGUCGCCAAACGAUCGUACUACUGCAAUGAAAUCCAUAAAAAUAUAGAAAACAGCAAAAAAACGUGGCAGAUAAUCAAUGAGCUCAGGGGCAAGAAAAAGAAGCAAACUAAGCCUCCCUUUAUCAUAAACAACGAACGAAUCAUGAAUCGUAGAGUCAUAGCCAAUGGAUUCAACUCUUACUUUGUUUCUAUUGCCCCUAAGCUCAAUGAAACACUUAGUAGCAGUGAGGCCUCUGGUUUACCAAUUCUCCCUAUAAAAACAUUCUAUGAUUUCCUUGGAAAGACUAAUGAAAAAUCGAUUAUGUUAGAAGACUGUACACCUUAUGAGAUAACGGAAAUAAUAAAAGGAUUUGAAAAUGGAAAAGCAAGUGAUAUUCCUGUUAGUGUAAUCAAAAGAUCAUCUCACGUAAUUACACCGAUCCUUAGUCGAUACAUCAACAUCUUAAUGUCUAAUGGCACGUUCCCCGACGUUCUAAAGACUGGUAGAAUAACUCCUGUAUUUAAGAAGGGAAACCCUGAAGAGAUAGAAAACUACCGCCCAAUCUCUACUCUCUCUAUAUUUGGUAAAAUCUUUGAAAAGAUCAUUUACUCAAGAAUAUAUUCGUUUGCUAGCUCACAGGGUAUAAUAUCUAAAACACAAUUUGGCUUCAGGCAGUCACACUCUACUUCACAUGCAGUUAAUCACUCAGUAAACCUUAUAACUGAAUCUCUAAAACUUAAGCAUCAUGUCUUAGGCAUAUUCAUAGACCUUAGCAAAGCUUUUGAUACAAUAGAUCAUGGUACAUUACUUGUCAAAUUACAGGGCUAUGGGAUACGUGGGGUGGCAAAUGAUCUUAUAAAAAGUUACUUAACAAAUAGAUCACAAUAUACUGAAGUUGUUGGUGAGAAAUCUGACGCCUUGAAAAUACAGUUUGGAGUCCCUCAGGGUUCGAUUCUUGGACCUCUCUUAUUUCUCCUAUAUAUUAAUGAUAUCGCCAACAGCUCCAGUUUGGGAUCAUUUGUCACCUUCGCUGAUGACACCAAUAUAUUUGUGACUGGGAAAUCUAAAAAGGAGGCAUAUAUGCGUGGUAAUUCUCUUUUAGCUAGUUUAUAUUCCUACAUGCGAGCAAACAAACUCCAUGUCAACUUGUCUAAAUGCUGUUUCAUUCACUUUAAACCAGCAUCGUCCUCCCAGACUGACAAUAAUUCUGAAUAUACUCUAACCAUUGAUAACUUUCCAAUAAAACAAGUUGCAUCUGCUAAGUUUCUGGGAGUCGUCAUCGAUGAAAAGCUAACCUGGGAAGAACAUAUAAAAUCACUUAGGCGUUCUCUCAGCCAUGCAACAUCAACUCUCUGCCGCCUACGCUGCUCCCUCCCAGAUUUCUUACACCGCCAGUUGUAUUACACUCUAUUUGAAUCACACCUCUCCUAUUGUAUCACGGUUUGGGGUGGGGCAGCCAAAACUCGUAUAAGUUCUGUAUUCAAA